CCACCGGCAUGAUCGCCUCGUGGUUCGUCCAGGAUCUUGUUCUCGACUGGGACGGCAAAAAAGUAAACCACAUCAUCCAAGCCAUCGGUACAUCCAACAUCCAAAAAGGCAAUGACUUUGCAAAGACAUACUGUCCCAACCACACCCCCACCGUCUACGAUACCUACGAACAAGUCUACCGCGACACCAACGUCGACAUCGUCUACAUCGGCACCCCCCACGGAUUCCAUUACCGCGACUGCAUGGAGGCUAUCCAAGCCGGGAAGAACGUCCUUUGCGAAAAGUCAUUCACCAUUAAUUCCAAGCAAGCGAGGGAGAUUUUCACCGCUGCCCGGGAGAAGAACGUCUAUGUGGCCGAGGCCAUGUGGCUUCGCCACCGACCGCUUUACGUCGAAUUGAAGCGAUUACUGCAUGAGGAAAAGGUGAUUGGGGAUGUAUUCCGGGCGUUUGCGGAUUUUGCGUCGGGGGUCGAUAUUGCCUCGUUGCCGGUGACAUCGCGAUAUCGCGAUCUGACGCUGGGGGCGGGAUCGCUGCUGGAUAUUGGUGUUUAUUCGCUGACGUGGUUGCGGUUGGCGCUGGGGGAGGAGAUUAAACUACCGCAGAUCGUGGCUCAACAGGCUCAUGAAGAAGGGAUUGAAGUUACGACGAGUGCCAUUCUGCAGUAUGCAUCAGGAAAACAGGGCAUUUCUACCUGCACUACAAAAGCGCUCGGUGCGCCUGGGGAGGUGUUUGCAGUCAUCCACGGGACGGAUGGGUAUGUGGAGAUAGAGGGUAGAACGCCCUCUGCGCCGGAGUCGUUUACUGUCUGGAAGAAGCAGAGUGGGAAUCCUGACCGUGCUUACUUCCCGCGAGAAGCAUGCCAAGGGAGACGGUAUGAUUUUCCCAAGUUAGGGCGUGGGUUUGUGUAUGAAGCGGAGAAUACGGCGCUGGAUGUGCUGGAGGGGCGGAAGGAGAGUAACAUUAUGCCCUGGGAUGAAACGGUCUAUAUGAUGGAUGUCAUGGAUGAGAUUAGGCGGCAGGGGGGGACUUGCUAUCCAGGAGAGUGAUGAGAGUAUGUAUAGUUAUAUACCAUUUGAAGAUUGAGCAGCACAGGGAGAGGCUGUAUUUGGCGGAACAUCUCAUAUUUGGAGCAGACAUUCAUGCUGGCCUCACUUAUGUGGUGAUAUGAGUUUGCAUUAUCUGGUCGGGAAUGGAAAUUGAAAGAGAGAAUUUUAUCAUAAGACUGUCUCUAGGCACUUUACAGCCUUCCUGGGCCAGUA